GAAAUUGGUAAUUUGCAAGAGAUCGCGUGCCGCAGACGGACCACAGUCCUGUUUCAGUAAAGGCUGUGCUUUCUCUGAGUGUGUUGCAGACUGGGGCACGCGGACUGAGGACUCGGCACCAGGGACUAGGUCCUUGGAAUCCUGUCUCGGACCUACAUCAAAAGGUGUUUACAAUGGCUGCUGCUGUGAAUUUGGAACUGGAUCCCAUUUUUUUGAAAGCACUAGGCUUCUUACAUUCAAAGAGUAAGGAUUCUGCUGAAAAACUAAAGGCGCUGCUUGAUGAAUCUUUGGCUCGGGGCGUUGAUUCGAGUUACCGUCCAUCUCAAAAGGAUAUGGAACCACCCAAAAUUUCAAGUACAAAAACUAUUCCCAUUAAGCAAGAGCCCAAAACUUCACCUAGUCUUCCUUCUGGUAAUAAUAAUGGCAAGGGUCUCACAACUGAAAAGGUUAAAAAGGAAGCUGAAAAGAGGCCUGCUGAUAAAGUGAAAUCAGAUAUCAGUGAAGGAGUUGAUGUUCCAAAGAAACCUAGAUUGGAGAAACCAGAGACAGGGUCCUCUCCCAUUACUGUCCAAACCAGCAAGGAUUUAGCUAUAACUGACCUGUCCAGUUUUGAGGAGACCAGUGCUGAUGAUUUUGCCAUGGAGAUGGGAUUGGCCUGUGUUGUUUGUAGGCAAAUGACAGUGGCAUCUGGUAAUCAAUUAGUAGAAUGUCAGGAGUGCCAUAAUCUCUACCACCAAGACUGCCAUAAGCCCCAGGUGACAGACAAGGAAGUGAAUGACCCUCGCCUGGUGUGGUAUUGUGCCCGAUGUACCAGACAAAUGAAAAGAAUGGCUCAAAAAACUCAGAAACCACCACAGAAACCAGCCCCCACAGUUGUUUCUGUCGCUCCAGCUGUCAAAGAUCCAUUGGUUAAGAAACCAGAAACUAAACUCAAACAAGAGACAACUUUUCUAGCAUUCAAGAGAACAGAAGUAAAGACAUCUGCAGUUAUUUCAGGAAAUUCUUCUAGUACCAGUGUUUCUUCAUCAGUAUCUAGUGGCCUAACUGGUUGGGCAGCCUUUGCAGCCAAAACCUCCUCUGCUGGUCCAUCAACAGCAAAAUUGAAUUCAACAACACAAAACAAUAGCGGGAAACCUGCUACCUCAUCAGCUAACCAGAAGCCUGUGGGUUUGACUGGUCUGGCAACAUCAUCCAAAGGUGGAAUAGGUUCCAAAAUAGGUUCCAGUAACAGCACUACUCCCACUGUACCAUUGAAACCACCUCCGCCUCUAACCUUGGGCAAAACUGGCCUUAGUCGCUCAGUUAGUUGUGACAAUGUUAGCAAAGUAGGUCUUCCUAGUCCAAGUAGUUUAGUUCCGGGAAGCAGCAGCCAGCUAAGUGGGAAUGGAAAUAGUGGGACAGCAGGGCCCAGUGGAAAUACCACCAGCAAAACCACUUCAGAAUCAAGCAGCUCUUCCUCAGCAUCCCUCAAAGGUCCAACUUCACAAGAAUCACAGCUCAAUGCCAUGAAGCGAUUACAGAUGGUCAAGAAGAAAGCUGCCCAAAAGAAACUCAAGAAGUAAUAUGACCAAAUAGGUUUUUAUAUCACAUUACCCUAAAGAUGAAAAUCUCAUUAUUAGGACAAACAAUGUAAUAUGCUUUAAUUUAAUAAAAUCUUCAUGAUCAAAUUUCUAUUGUUUCUUACCUUAAAAUGCUAAAUAAUAUUUAGCAAAACUUGGAAACUUUUUUGUUUUAAAUCUAUCUUUGACAUUUUUAUUUUGUUAACACUUUCCAUAGUGUGUGAAAACAAUGAUUAGAAUGACUAAUUCUUAAUGAGAACAUCCAGAAUCCCAGAAAAUUGAAAGCAUAUGCAAAUUUAAAAAAGAAAUAGUUCAUCUUCCAGCAAAAGUCCAAGAAUUGAUCCUGUGAACAAGGUGCCUUUUAUAGGAUGUCCCAUGUAAAGUUUUCUUCUUUCCCCUCGAAAUUUUGCUGUUCAGUGUCAGUCCUCAGCUUUAUUUCAGUUCUCCCUCUCCUUUCAAUUAAUUCAUCUCCCCCUUUCUCAAAAUUAAAUCUUCAUAAUUUAUUUCUUGUAUCUUUUUACCACCUCGUAUCAAUUACUUAGAUAUAUUUAUCUUUUUCAAUAGAUUAUGAUCUACCCCGCCCUUUUAAUACAGUAGUUUUCCCAUGAUGCUUAUGUAACAUUGUGCAUGUUAUAUACUCAAUAAAUGUUGCAUUUUGACCCAUCCCAGCUACACACAUUCCCUGAGAAUUCUUGACAAAAAUGCUCAUUUCCAAGAGUCCUUGUGAAUGGGAUAAUUCCUGACUUUACACACUGACAACUUUUUUCUAUGCCUUGAAAGAAAAGGAUGUUUUAUUUUUACUGCCAAAAAUAUUAUAGAAUAUUACCUGAUUUUAGUUAACUUUGCAUACAAGAAGCUCCUAAAUAAUGAUUAAUUCUUGAGAUUAUUUUGAAAUAUGUGUGUGUGUACAUUGUUAAGUCAGGAAGUAUGAAGUGUCUGUGUUAUUGCCUUACUUGCAAGCUAACAAAUUAAUGUUAACAUGCUACAGUUAACUUGCUACAAUUACUGAUAGGAGAUGUGAAGCUUUCUGGAUCUGAGAAACAAAUCAUUUAUUGCAGUAAAACAGAGCAACUGUAACAGUCCCUAAGUGCUGGUUCCCUGAAUCCCAAUCCCCAGUCUGAGAGCUUUGUGAUCUGCUUAUGCAGUGGGUUUGCAUCACAGAAAAGGAAAGGCAAAAUUAGGACACUUUAUACUUGUAUAAACCGCUAGCACUUGCCCAUCCUCUCCUCCAGAAAAAGAGAGAUUACUCAUUACUUGGAAAUGUAAGCACAUGUUUCCAGGGAGGGGAACCAGAGGGCUUUGCAUCUCUAAAUCUCUCCAGUGGCCUCUAUCUUUAAGGAGGCACUAUCUCUAGCUUCCAAACAUCCUUGUUUUUGUUUUUGUUUUGCUCAUGAUCAUGCAGAACCGUGAAAUAUUCAUGGAGAAUUAUUUCCCAACAUAUAUGCACACUUGUCUUGCAGUCAUUAUAAAAAGUAUUUUUGUUAUUCAGGAAUACCUCAUUUCAUCCAGAAAUUGGAAGUCUAACAAAUGCCCACAUUCACAAGACACUGAGCAGCCUUGUUCCACCAACCUUGGGUGCUAUAGGUAAUGAAGUUACUAAAUCUUCACUCUGUAAACUUUUAAUCUCAAACCCUCACUCUGAAGCCCUAUAUUUUUCUAACAUCAUUAUUCUAAAAUAUAUUGAUAAAUGAUUUCUGUGAUGAUAAAUCUUUUUUAAUUAAGCUUUGUUUCUAAGGAAAAAUACUAUUUUAAACUCUUCCACAUUGUUAAAUAAUGGCACUAAGUUAUUCUUUACA